AUGGUCCUCACGACGCUUCUUCCGUCGAAGCCAUUCUUCUUCAUCGUUCUCCUCUUGAUCUCCUACGAGUUCUUCGACAACUUCUCCUUCUCCGUGCCCGUGCGACUACUGGAGCAUGCCGUUUGCCAGCGCCACUAUGCUUUGCCAUCCUCGCCCUCCACGCUCUCCUUACCCCGGCGUGAUCUGGAUGAACUGCAGUGCAAGUCGCCUGCCGUUCAAUCGACGUUAGCGUACAUUCGAGGUUACUACAGUCUCUUCAGAACGGGUCCAGCCCUCUUCGUGGGACCAUACUUUGGAGUUCUAGCCGAUCGAUGGGGACUUCGUGCGGUGUACAGCAUUGUCCUGGUGGGACUCAUGCUGCAGCUGGCAUCAUUUUAUGUCGUCUGUAUGUUGGCGUACCAUGCGGCUCUCACUCUCGUCAAGUAUCCUUGUCAGUAUGGUAGUUGA